AUGAAAUAUAAAAGUACAAGAGGAAAUGUAAAGAAUCUAUCAUUUAUAGAUGCAUUUAUGAUGGGUUUGGCUGAUGAUGGUGGAUUGAUAGUACCAGAAUCAAUACCUAUUGUUGACAAGGAUAGACUAGCAAAGAUGUCAUCAAUGUCAUUUGUAGAGUUGACUGUUGAAAUAAUGUCAAUAAGAAAACAAACCAUGUCUGUAUUGGUGGCUACCAGUGGUGAUACUGGAAGUGCUGCCAUUCACGGUUUGGCCAACAAAAAGGGUGUCAAUGUCUUUGUACUCUACCCUCAAGGUAGAGUUAGUCCCGUUCAAGAACUGCAAAUGGUCACUGUACAAGACGCCAAUGUCCAUCCCAUCACUAUCACCAACUCUUCUUUUGACGAUUGCCAAACUCUGGUCAAACAAAUAUUCUCUGACCUACCAUUCAAGUCUAAAUACAAUUUGGCAGCUGUAAAUAGUAUCAAUUGGGCUCGUAUCCUAGUUCAAAUUGUUUACUAUUUUUAUAGUUAUUUUUUGGUUCAAAAGAAACAACAAACUACAAACAAAGAGGUUGUAUUUUCAGUACCUACUGGUAAUUUUGGUGAUGUAUUGGCUGGAUUCUAUGCAAAAAAGAUGGGAUUACCCAUUCGUAAUCUUAUUGUAUCAACCAACCAAAAUGAUAUUCUCGACAAGUUCUUCAAGACUGGAAGAUAUGAUAAAUCAUGUGGCGAUGUAAUCCCAACCGUUGCACCAUCCAUGGAUAUAAAGAUUGCAAGUAAUUUUGAAAGAUAUCUUUAUUAUGUAUGUCAAGAGGAUGCCUCGAAGCUGAGACAAUUGAUGGAAGAUUUCAACAGAGAUGGAGUUCUCUCAAUUUCCCCUGACAUUCUCGCAAACCAAGUCCACUCUUUGGAUGGGUUCCUUUCAUCAUCUGUCGGACAUCAAGAGAUUUUAGAUACCAUUAAAACUUAUUAUCAAACAUUUAACUACCUUGUCGAUCCCCAUACUGCCAUUGGUAUUGCAGGUUCCAAGUCUCAUGGACUAAAGAAUCUCAACAAAUUUACAGACAAUCCUUUAAUUUGUUUAUCAACUGCUCACCCUGCUAAAUUUGGUGACACUGUUAAAUUGGCUACCAAUGUUGAUAUUGAAAAUCAAUACCAAGCUACCAAACAAUUGUUGGAAAAGAAGCAAUCAAAAUUAAAUGUCAAUACUGCCAAUUGUAAUAUUGAAGAAAUUAAACAAUUUAUUUCAAAUAAAAGAGUAUAA